GCGCGGGCCGGGCCGGGCCGGCGCCCCGUCACCCUUGCUCGCCCGCGUCGCCCCGGGCUCCGGGGGAUGCCCCCGGCCGGGCCCCCCCAUGGCCGCCGACGUCUUCAUGUGCUCUCCGCGCCGGCCUCGCAGCCGGGGCCGCGCGGUGCUGCUCAAGCCCCAGGUGCCCGAGGACGACGACGACUCGGACACGGAUGAGCCGUCUCCGCCGCCCGCCUCCGGCGCGGCCACCCCGGCCCGGGGCCACGCGAGCGCCGCGCCACUGCCGCCCAAGGCCGGGUCGGGCAGCGAAGAGCCUCCGCGCCGCCAGCAGAUCAUCCACAGCGGCCACUUCAUGGUGUCGUCGCCGCACCGCGAGCACCCGCCCAAGAAGGGCUACGAUUUCGACACGGUCAACAAGCAGACGUGCCAGACCUACAGCUUCGGCAAGACCAGCUCCUGCCACCUGUCCAUCGACGCCUCGCUCACCAAGCUCUUCGAGUGCAUGACCCUGGCCUACAGUGGGAAGUUGGUGUCUCCAAAGUGGAAGAAUUUCAAGGGCCUGAAGCUCCAGUGGAGAGACAAGAUCCGGCUCAACAAUGCCAUCUGGCGGGCGUGGUACAUGCAGUAUUUGGAGAAGCGCAAGAACCCCGUGUGCCACUUUGUCACUCCACUGGACGGCUCUGUGGAAGUGGAUGAGCACCGGCGGCCAGAGGCCAUCACCACGGAAGGGAAGUACUGGAAAAGCCGCAUUGAGAUUGUGAUCCGGGAGUACCACAAGUGGAGAACCUACUUCAAGAAAAGGCUCCAGCAGCACAAGGAUGAGGACCUCUCCAGCCUGGCCCAGGACGAUGACCUGCUUUAUUGGCACAAGCACGGGGAUGGCUGGAAGACCCCCGUCCCCAUGGAGGAGGACGCGCUGCUGAGCACAGACAUGCUCAUGUCGGAAUUCAGCGACACCCUCUUCUCCACGCUUUCCUCACACCCGCCCGUGGCCUGGCCCAACCCGCGCGAAAUAGCACAUCUGGGAAAUGCAGACAUGAUUCAACCGGGGCUGAUUCCUUUGCAGCCCAACCUGGACUUUAUGGACACUUUUGAGCCUUUCCAGGACCUCUUCUCUUCCAGCCGCUCCAUUUUCGGCUCCAUGCUGCCUGCACCCGCCUCAGGGCCUGCACCGGAUCACAACAGCCCACCUGCUGAGAGCAUCCUGCCAACCACCACUCUGCCCACCGCGAGCCUCCCUGACGGCUUCAUCGCGCCCCCUGCAGCCACGGCCCUGGACCCCACGCGUGGGCAGGGCUGUGAACACACCUCCCAGCCGGGGGACCCCUUUCUCCAGCCCGCAGACUUAGGUCCCUCUGCACCACCACUGAGUGUCCCCCAGCCCUUCCUCCCCGUGUUCACCAUGCCCUUGCUGUCGCCCAGCCCAGCCCCGGCACCUGCUUCCCCCGUCUUGCCAUUAGGCCCUCCUCCUGCCACUGCCCUGAACCCCCCGACUCCCCCUGCCUUCCUGCAGCCACAGAAGUUUGCCGAAGUCAGCAAGUCGCCCCCUGUCAUCACCCACACGGCCUCUGCCACCCUCACCCACGACGCCUCUGCCACCACCUUCAGCCAGAGCCAGGGCCUCAUCAUCACGACCCACUAUCCCACCCCCUCCGUGUCCCCCUGUGGCCUGGCGCUGUCUCCAGUCACCCGGCCACCAACCGUCGGGCCUCCUCAACCCCGUUUAACUUUCGUGCACCCCAAGCCCGUAUCCUUGCCUGGGGGGAGGCACAAGCAGCCCCCCAAAAUAGUGCCUGCUCCCAAACCAGAGCCCAUGUCCUUGGUAUUGAAGAAUGCUUGCCUCGCCCCAGCUGCCUUUUCAGGACAGCCCCAAGCAGUGAUCAUGACAUCAGGCCCUCUGAAGAGAGAAAGGAUGUUGGCUUCCACCGUGUCCCAGUCCAACAUGGUCAUCACGCCUGCUGCCAUCGCCAGGGCUCCUGGGGUCACAGAGUUCCACAGCGGCAUCCUGGUGACAGACCUUGGCCACGGCACGGGCAGCCAACCUGCUCCCAUCUCCCGGCUCUUCUCUCCCAGCACAGUGACGGACUCCCUGGUAAAGGGCGAGCAGGUCCCGCCACAUGGGGGCAUCGCCCAGGUCGCUGCCACGGGUGCCAGUGAGUCUGCUGUCUGGUUGGAACGGUUGGGACCGCGUCGAGACGGCCCGAACUCAGGGCAGGCCUCUCCGUGUGCUUCAGAACAGAGCCCCAGUCCUCAGUCUCCCCAGAACAACUGCUCAGGGAAAUCUUCUGCAGACCCCAAAAAUGUGGCUGCUUUAAAGAACCGGCAGAUGAAGCACAUUUCAGCCGAGCAGAAAAGGCGCUUCAACAUCAAGAUGGGCUUCGACACCCUCAACAGCUUGAUCUCUAAUAACACCAAGCUGACCAGCCACGCCAUCACGCUGCAGAAGACAGUGGAGUACAUCACCAAGUUGCAGCAGGAGCGCAGCCAGAUGCAGGAGGAGGCCCGGCGGCUGCGAGAGGAGAUCGAGGCGCUCAACACCACCAUCAUCUCCUGCCAGCAGCUGCUCCCUGCCACGGGCGUCCCUGUCACCCGGCGCCAGUUUGAUCACAUGCGAGACAUGUUUGACGAAUAUGUGAAAAGCCGGACUCUGCAGAAUUGGAAGUUCUGGAUUUUCAGCGUCAUCGUCAAGCCGCUGUUUGAGUCCUUCAGGGGUGUGGUGUCCAGCAGCAGCCUGGAGGAGCUGCACCGGACGGCGCUGUGCUGGCUGGACGAGCACUGCUCCCUGCCCGUUCUCAGGCCGACCGUGCUGAACACCCUCCGGCACCUGAGCGCCACCACGUCCAUCCUGACGGACCCGGCCCAGCUGCCGGAGCAGGCAGCGGAGGCCGUCACCAGAAUGGGCCAGAGAUCUGGGGAGUCUUAGCAGUGCUUAGCGGGCACAUGGCCGCGUGAGAAGCCGUGGAGACCCUUCCUGCCUGUGGAGAGGAGGCCGCGCCCCUCACCUCUCCUGAUGCGGAGCUUCCGGGCCUCCCUCCGACUGCGGCCCAGGCCGCUCAGAACGCCAUGCUCAGGUCUGAAGCAGGUUCGGGUCCUGCCCACAGCAGUAGCCCAGCUUAGGGAACCCCUUGCUGUGAACUCUGACUCAGCGACCUCUGUCACCGACCUCCCCUCCCCUCGGGGUAGCCCGGAUAAAGGGGAACGCUGCCCGUCCCGGUCCUGUCCUGUCCUGCUGGUGGGGUGUCGGGGCCGCGGCGGCAGUGCGGGGAGCAGACGGGGCAAGAGGGGGCAUCACCCGCUCCCCCAAGUUAGGAAACGUGAGGUUCCUUCCCGGCUCCUGUCUGGAGACUUACACACGCUGCCUCCUGUCACCUCUCAGGCGCCCGUGGGGCGGUCGGAAGGCACCCUCCUUCCUGCCCCGACUCUGACCUUGUAGAUAGAUUGCACGCCUGCUCAGGCUCCGCGGGGCCGGCUGCCGGGGAAACCCCGCAACACACGUGUGCAAAGUGGUGGGUGCGCGUGCCCGCAGACAGGAACGGAAGCGCAAGCGACGCGGAGCUGCUGCCGGCUUGGAGGGCCGCUCGGGCGGGGCUUCGAUCUGUCCUGAUCUGGUUCCGCUUGGCGUUGCAGCCUCCGUGGUGACACCGACCUGAGAAUCGCGUGGCGGGGCUCAGCUGGGGCCCUGCUUCCGAGCCGCAGCCGGGCGGGCGGCCGUGCUUGAUGGAUGCUGCUGGCCCUUCGGGUGCAGUGUUUGAAAGACCAGGUUCCACGGUGCUGCCAUCGGCCUGGUCACCUUGUCUGGAUUGUCCAGCUGGGAGCCCCAAAUCAUAACAGUUCCUGGACCAAAGACGCCACCACACCCAGCGUCUGUCUCAUGUUUGGAGGCAGAAAUUGAAUGUUGACACAGAGCUCCGAGGUGUCUGCCUCGGAGCUGUCUCUAGGCGGCUCCAGACCAGACUGUAGAGAGUUGUAUUCAGAUUUGGUCCAGGUGGAGGGGGCAGCAGGCUGUUUCCGGAUGUGGGAAUUGCACUUGGAAGGGUUCAGAGGAGGGCACGGCAGGAGGGGCGGUCCCGGGCCCCCCCUCCUCUCGGUGUGUCUGCAAGAGCAGCUCCAGGUGGAAGGAUGCUCUCUAACACUCAGGAAGCCCAGCCAGGGGUACCUCCUCAUGGAAAGAAUGUGCUUUUCACGUCCUGCUGUGAAGUUCAGAGGCCAGCAGGCUUCCCGUUCAACCUCUGUCCUCCGGGCCCGAGACGGAGACUGGGCAAGCGCUGGGCAGACCAGGAGCCCAGGGGCCCCAGGAGGGGCCGCUGCGGGCCACCCUCUGAAGCUUGGAUCAUUUCGGAGGCUCCUGCUGGUUCCCGGAGGCCUGUGGAAGGUGCUCGAGGGGGCAGGCAGCCCCACCUCAGCCUCGGCUGAUGGAGGAUGGAGGCGGGGUCCUCUCUUUGCCGCUGGCCGUGCCACUGCCCCUGCCGUGGGUCACGACCGGUCACCUGCUCCAGCCCCGUCGAGGGUGCCUCGGCGGCACCCCUCCACCUCCCCAGAACCCGUGUUUACAGGCCUUCCGAUCGCUCUCCUGAGGCGCGAGCACGCAACGAGGCUGGGCCAGCCCUUCGUUUCCACUGGGAGGAGGGACAGGAACCCAGCCUUCCCCCGGGGUGGACACGAGGUCUCCCUCAAAAGUGGAAGAGCACGUGGUAAGAACUCCGUGAGGCUCAAAAGGGAAAAAGGAAAGCCAGAGACGUUCCAGCCAUGAGGGCUCGUGGAGGGUCCUGCCCUCGGCCUCGCCCCAGUUCCUGUGCCUUCGUAAACCGCGUGGUGGCCGCGGAGCUCGGCCCGGCCAUGACCUCUCCGAGAUCACUAGCUUUCUCCCCACCCCUUGCUGGGAGUCUUUUUUUUUUUUUUUUUUUUUUUUUUAGCUCCAUGGGAUAUAAAAUUGGCCUCUUCCUUCUCUGGCCUACCUCUCCCUCCCUUUGGCUGAUUUAAUGUUCACGAUUCUGUUUUUUUAAAUAUUUAAGGCUGUUAGGUUGUAUGAGGCAUUGAAGGGGGUGUGUGUGUGUGUGUGCGUGCGCGUGUGUGUGUGUGUCCCAGCAGACGUUUAACUAGAUGCAUGUUUUGUUUUGAGAUAUUUACUUAAAUCCAUUUCUCUUGGUGCUCACCAUUACGGCUGUAGGGCCGCAAAGCUGUAUCUCUUACUACAAACACGUUUGUUUCUUGCCCUGGAA